AUGGCCGAGGAAGAGGAUGGCUGUGACCACCUCUACAAGGUCGUCCUUGUGGGAGACGCCACUGUAGGCAAGACUCAUUUGCUUUCGCGGUACGUGAAAGGUACGCUGCCGAAGGCUCCGACGGCCACGAUUGGUGUCGAGUUUGCCACACGCACCAUUCCACUGGCCGUGGGUGGAACCGUGAAGGCGCAGAUUUGGGACACCGCCGGGCAAGAGAGAUACCGAGCCAUCACCAGCUCACACUACCGUCGUGCUGUGGGAGCACUCUUAGUCUAUGAUGUGACCAGGAAUGCGACCUUCCAGAACUGUCUUAAAUGGCUGGAAGAGCUGCGACAAAAUGCAGAGGACAAUAUCAUCAUCAUGUUAGUUGGGAACAAGCUCGACUUGGUUGAGAAGGAUCCCACGGCGCGACAGGUGCACUAUGAUGCUGCGCUGGAGUUCGCUCGGGCGCACAAGCUCCUCUUCAAAGAGGCAAGUGCCGUCACGACUUACAACGUGAAACAUGUUUUCGAGCAGCUCCUUCAAGAGGUGUAUAACCAGGCGUCAAAGAACGCCAAAGAAAGACGCCGGGAGCCAGGCGGCAUCCAGAUCCAGCCGGGCGGCACAAUCCCGGUUCAGGAGGAGAACCCCUGUGGAAAUCAGGCUUGCUGA